GUGAUGACUCACUUUUUCAGUUUCAAUUCCCUAUCCCGAGUACACGUUGGAAAAGAUCACUUGACAUGAAAGGUUAUGAAGGGUGUGCUUGGUGUGUGUAUGUAUAUAAAUAUGCUUGUUUGUCAUGAAUAACAUGAUAUUGAUCAUCCAGCCGUUCAGACAGCAGAAGGAAAAGUAAACAAGCAGCCAGCGUAUUUGUUUGGUUCAUCAUGGGUGACACACAGAAGGAUUUGCUGAAAGUGAAGCUCAACCAGCUUCAAUGUCACUUCACAUGGACUCCACAGAAAGAAAACAUCAACUUGGAUGAUCUGAAACAAAGAUUAGAAGAUUCAGUACAACUUGAUGUGAAAUACCAAGACAGGUCUUAUAACCAACUAGCUUUUGUAAACUGCCUGCAAGGAAACUGUGAAGAGGCAAUUCAGAAUUUAAAGGAAGCUGAAAAGAUUCUGAGGGAGAAACAUGAAAAUGAAUUUGAGAAAAGAAUCAUUGUCACCUAUGGAAACUAUGCCUGGGUUUAUUAUCACAUGGACCGACUGGAAGACGCUCAGUCCUACCUCGACAAGCUGGAGACGGUCUGUAAACUAUUUCCUGAAGCCUCUCAGUUUACAGCAAUGAUACCCGAGGUUUAUGGGGAGAAGGGUUGGUCACUGUUGAUUUCUGCUGCUCAAUAUUAUGAAGAAGCAAAGGAAUGUUUUAAAAAGGCCCUGCAGAAAGAUCCUGACAACAUUGAGUGGAAUGUUGGCUAUGCCACUGUUCUGUCUCGUCUGAAAUGGUUUUCUGCUACCCCAGAGAUUUCUGGGCCCAUGGAAUCAGUGAUGUGGUUCAGACGUGUGCUGGAGCUUGACCCUGAUCAUGCUGAAGCCAUGGUGCUGUUAGCUUUAAACCUACAGGAGCUCAGUCAAGAGGAGGAAGCAUUCACAUUGGUGGAGCGAGCAUUGCAGAAGUCCCCUGAUCACCCAUAUGUGCUUCGUUAUGUGGCAAAGUUUUACAGAAAAAGAGGAGAUGUAGAAAAAGCCGUCAAGUUGUUAGAAAGAGCAUUGGAAAUUACACCAAGCUCAUCUUUUUUGUACCAUCAAAUAGGUCAGUGCCACCAAAAUAAAUUAUUUGCACUGCUAAAAGAUCCAGGAAGCAAAAUUCCUGAAAGUUCUGUUUUUCAAGAGAAAGAAGCAUUGAUUAAAAAAUGCAAGCAGUAUUUUGGGAAGUCAUUUGAACUGAAGCCAUCUUUUAUAUCUGCAAAGUUGGCUUUUGCGACUAUGUGCUCAAUAAAUAAGGAAUAUUGUAAAGCCAAAGAAAUCUAUAGUAAUCUACUUAAGUUUCAACCAAUUUGUCCAGAAGAUAAACAAGAAGUAUAUUACAAGGUUGGGCAAUUCGAACUGCAUACUCAAGAAGAAUCAAAUGCUAUCAUACAUUUUCUAGAAGGAUUUUCAAUCAAACGUAACUUAAAGCUACAAAAGAAUUUUCGCACCAACUUGGAGAAGAUAGCGAAAACGCGACUUCAGAAUAACCCAGGUGACAUUAAGGCUUUGUACAUUCUUGGGGUCAUGUAUCUGCUGGAUGGGGAGGAGUCUGGAAUUAGUCAAUACUUUGCGGGGAUCAAUCUCCAAGAACUUUUCAAUGGAGAAUAGCGAUCUGCUCUCCUUGAAUUACAGCUUUCUCCUGGGAUCAACAAUGACUUGCCGAACAAAUAUUUUUGAAAAAUGAUUGAUUUGAUUUGAUUUAAGUACGGUCAAAAGUUUUGUUUUGUAUGCAGUAUAUGCAGAUCAUAACGUACAAAGAUCAAAAGGUGAUUGAACAGAGUGGGACACACAAAGUUGUGGCUGUAAAGAAUGUGAACAACAAAUAAGAUGAGAACAUUGUUAGUAAUUUUUGCACAUUUAGAAUUGAGGUUUAACAUUGCAGAAUUAUUGAGAAAUGUGAGAAUAAGAUCUGCAUGUAGAGAGCUCGCAAAGAAUCACCCUGUGACAGCACCAUCUUGGAUGGACAUUUUCUGGUAAGUGGGUUGAUCAGGUACCUUCCUAAAAUUCUAGGCAUACACAACAUUACGUGCUUGUUGCUUGACAGACACUGUUAAAGUGACUGUCAGGACCCUUACAUUACUGAAUGUGGCAGCUCACAGGUUUGAAAAGGGGGUGUGUUUUGCUUUCCUCUGACAGUUCUAUGCUACAAAAGAACUAUUGGCAUGGAAGAGUGCCUGCACGUUUCUGAGGGUGCCCUGAGAGGAAACUCCUCUCUGAAAGCUGGGGCUCUCUUUCGUUAAAAGAAAGGAAGGGCCCAAGUGGCAAUCUGUGUGAAAUUGUCAUUCGUCAAACAGUUCACCUCAAUACAACUGAAAACACCACUGGCCUAAUUACAAUCUGAGCACGUGACUGAUCCUCUUUCGAUGGUAAUGAUGUGGUAAUAACAAUAUCCAAUCCCCUCCCUAGAGACUGUAAUAAAACCCCUCUGCCUCCCAACCUUUCACUGUUGCUUCUUCACAGAAACGAUUCCCCAUUGGUGUUCCCCAAUGUGACAGGCAAGAUGAGGCCAACAGUCACUGAAGAUCCUUCAAGUAAACCAACAGCUCGAUUCUGUGUCUCUGAGGAUUUGCUGAUGGGUGAUGGGACUCCACUCUAGAGAGUUCACUCAGAUCUCAGUCUCUGUCACUGGGAGCCUCCCAGUCCUGGAAGUUGUCAGCUUCAUCAACCCUUCAACAAAACCACCUGAUUAGUCCUCAUUGACCAACACAGUGCGGCUUGGGCUUUCCCCGGGGAUAUGGGACACUUUCUUCAGACUGUUGCUGUCUGGGUGAAGGGUAAAGCAGGAACAGCGGGGGCAGGGGAGGAUAGAAGAUAGAAAAAUGGGUUCAUAAAACACAAUGGCUGCAGAUAUUGAUUUUCUAAAUUGAUUUCAAUUGUAAUUGUAUUAUCAGGAAUUGUAUGCUCAAAAUAACCAAUAAAAUCAUAGCUAACAUUCCAUUUGUGUUGUCAAUCUGACUGAAUGAAAACGGUUAAUGUGAUGCAAUAACCCAUUAACUGCAUUAACCCAUAACUGGGAUUAAUUUAGAAAAUAUAUUUUCUAGCAAUCUGUCAGGUUACCUGUUAUCUGUCGCCAUUUGGGAAACUAUCACAGUUUCUUCUGGCCAACCCAGACCAACUUGUCUAAAAGCUGUGAAUGGAAUUGUUUAUCAUCUUGGCCAAAGACAACGUUGUAAAGUGACAAAUGCUGUGGUGACAUAAAGGGUUCAGAAUCAGUAAAACCUCAUCAUUACACACACUGAUUCUAUCGACGCAAGCCCCACUUGUCAUUAAUACUUGUCUUCUGCAACUUAGAGUGCAAUG